AUUUGUGAUUUAAAAAAAUACUUUUUCAUAUUUUGUUAUAAGGAAGACGGAACGCAACAGGAACGAUUUAUCUUUAUUAAAAUUUGGCUUUGUGGCAUUGCAAGUUUGCAACAGUUGUGUCUGGCCAUCUCUGUUGACAUCUACCAAAUUUUUUCUACUUCCAAUAUUUGCCUUGAUACGAAAAUUUUAAAAUGUGGAAUUUGACUGGUAAAGGGUCUUCUAGUGAUAUUUUUAAUAGACAACAACAGUGUCAUAUAAAAGCAUAUGGACUUGUUUCGCGUGCUCUGAAACUUGAUGAACAAAACCUGAAAGACAGGUCCCUAGUCAUUGAUUUGUAUACUGAAGGAAUCAAGGAAUUGGAAUCUGGAAUAAGCAUUCAAAUAGAAGGAAUUGGUGAAUCCUAUGAAAAGGCUAAGAGUUGCAUUAACUUGCAUAGUCGCAUUCUAAAGUUGCUAAUUCCUAUAAUGCAGUUACAAGAAAAAAUGAGAACCACCCUGCAAAUGGCAAGAGAUCGCCUAAUUAUUUUGAAAGGUGUAAGCGAUUUACAUAAUCUGCCUCUCGCUGACCAGGAGGAAGAAUUAGAAUCUGUAGAAUAUAUGCCCAACCAUAGAAGUACAACUGAAAUAAAACAGCAAAUUUUUGACCAAUCUAAGGACUUGGCAAGUGUUCCACACCCACCUGGUGCUACAUGUAGUCGCUCUGGGACGGUUCGAAAGCAAGCCAUGACACCUGUGCGCAGAAUUAAUGCUGCAAAGCCAAACGUCGUUUCUGCAUCUCAAUCAGCUAAUAAAAACAGUCCAAUAACUAAAGGAGGAGGUGUGAAAUGUCAUACCGCUAUUACUACUAUCGCCAAAACAACGCCUCCGACUAGACUGCCUACUGUUGCAAGCAAUCGCCGCCCUGCACUUUUGCCUACGCCGCCUAGAGCCCCGGCCUCCGUUUUAACCAAGCGGACUUCAAAAGUUUCCACAGUAAAAGGCGUCGACUCAAAACUGGUAUCUUUAAUCUUAGACGAAAUUGUGGAUGGUGGUGCGGAUGUUUCUUUUGGUGAUAUUGCCGGUUUGCAGCAAGCCAAGCAAGCAUUACAAGAAAUUGUUAUUCUUCCGUCCUUAAGGCCUGAGCUCUUUACAGGUCUUCGGUCCCCUGCCCGUGGUCUCCUGCUUUUUGGCCCUCCAGGUAAUGGGAAAACUCUGCUUGCUCGUGCUCUCGCAACGGAGUCGUCAGCCACGUUUUUUAAUAUUUCCGCUUCAUCUUUAACUUCAAAAUACGUCGGUGAAGGGGAAAAACUGGUGCGGGCUCUUUUUGGGGUUGCCAGAGAAUUGCAGCCUUCAAUAAUCUUUGUCGACGAGAUAGAUUCUCUGCUAUCCGAACGUAGAGAGGGAGAACAUGAAGCGAGCCGAAGAUUAAAAACAGAAUUCCUUUGUCAGUUUGAUGGACUUCGCGCUUCACACGAAGAAAAAAUCCUGGUAAUGGGAGCUACAAAUCGACCACAGGAAUUAGAUGAAGCCGUUCUAAGGCGUUUUCCAAAGAGAAUAUAUAUCAGUUUGCCGGACGUUUCUGCAAGGGCCCUACUACUUACGAAACUUCUUUCGAAGCAUAACAAUCCACUGUGUGAAAAACAGCUUGCUAAACUCGCUCAGCUGACUGAUAGCUAUUCUAGUUCGGAUUUGACAGCCCUGGCCAAAGACGCUGCUCUUGGACCUAUAAGAGAACUUGGACCAGAAAAAGUUAAGUUCAUGAAGACACAACAGCUUCGUCCGAUUAGCAUGCAAGAUUUCCUAGAUUCUCUAAAAAGAGUUCGUCAUAGUGUAUCGGAAUCUUCACUAAACGUCUAUGCAAAAUGGAAUCGUGAAUACGGAGACGUAAGCAUGUAAAGCAAUUUUCAACUAGCUCUAUAAGAAUUGAAAGCUGCAAAAGGCAAUUGUCCUGUCAUACCGUAAAAGCUUGCUUCUCUUAAUUCUUUAACGCUCAAAAACGAUUUUACCAAAUCUAUACAUGUGUAUUUUCUAAUAAAAGUUUAUAUAGUA